UUCAAAGUGUUGGUUCGAUGCAGUUCGAUGUGUUUACACGAAAUUAUGUUUACUUUCAUGGCUCGUUGGAUCUGAAAAAGUAUUGUUCCAAAAAAUUUGUUUUUUUUGUGGACAAUAUGGGUAAGAGGGAUAAAAGUAAGAAAAAAGUAAGCGGCAGCGUGAAAACUGCGCUGAAAACAGAAAAGAAAUUGAACGCUAAGCAAAAAAAGGAAUUGGCCGCACUUGGGGAGGAUGAUAUAGAACAUGUGAUUGCUGAAAUCGAAAAAGAAGAAGCACGAAGGCAACGUGUUGUCGAAAAAACUGUACCGCAACCGUCUCGACGUGUAAACUUUACAUUGACAGCGCAUCCUUUCAAAGAUGAGCUUAUUAUGCUCGGUGGAGAAUUUCACGACGGACGCACGACGGUUGUUUAUGGGGAUAUGUUUACAUAUAACUUGAGCAAAAAUGAAUGGACUGUUGUAAAAGCACCGGGUGCUCCACCUCCGCGUUGUGGUCAUCAAGCGGUAGCAACAGCGACGAGCAAAGGAGAAUUAUGGGUCUUUGGAGGUGAAUUUUCCAGUCCUUCGGAAUCACAAUUUUAUCAUUACAAAGAUUUAUGGGUUUAUCGAUUUGGAGAGAAAAAAUGGGAAAAAAUUUUAUCUCCUGGUGGACCAUCCGCUAGAAGCGGUCAUAGAAUGACUCACAUAAAAAGACAAUUGAUAGUUUUUGGUGGAUUCCAUGAUAACUUGAGGGAUUAUAAAUAUUACAAUGAUGUGUAUAUAUUUAAUCUUGAUACAUAUGUUUGGCAUAAAAUUGAAUUGUCUGGUAUUCCGCCGCAUCCACGGUCUGGAUGUAUAAUACUGCCAACACCUGAAAAUAAACUUCUUGUAUAUGGUGGCUAUAGUAAGGAAAGACUGAAGAAGGAUGUUGAUAAGGGUCUUAUUCAUAGCGACAUGUUCUUAAUGACUCCAGAGAAAAAUGAUCAAACUGGUGUAAAAUGGAAAUGGAUAUCUAUAAAACAGUCGGGAAAACCGUCACCGCGGUGUAGCGCGUCAGCUGUCUUAAUUCAAUCAAAUUUGGCAUAUUUAUUUGGCGGUGUUUUUGACGAUGAAGACAACGAAGAAGAACUUAAUGGAACAUUUUAUAACGAUUUAGUUGCGUUAGAUUUAGACAAUUUUCAAUGGCACACAGUGGCACUAUCUGGUAAAAAAGAUGUAACUGUACGACGCCGAAGGAGAAAACCAAAAGAAGAUAGCGGCGAAGAAAACGAUAGCGAAAGCGAAGAUAAGAGCGACAAUGAAAUACAAAAAUCAUCUACUCCCGCUGAAUCCACAAUCAUUGAUGAUGAUGGAAUAUUUACAGUUACGAUAGGGCCGACAUCAACAGCUAGUACACAUAAGAAAGAAAAUGCACACGAAAAUGUAUUUGUUCCAUGUCCAAGAAUAAAUCCCGGACUAGUUGUAAAACACAAUGUUUUAUAUUUGUAUGGUGGUAUGUUCGAAAGCGGUGACAGACAAUAUACGCUCAAUGAUCUAUAUAGCUUGGAUUGUCGGAAACUAGAUGAAUGGAGAACAAUAAUAGCAGACGAUUUAUCUUCGCAAACUUGGUUCGAAUCGAGCAGUUCGAGUUCCGAGGAUGAGAACACUGACAGUGGAGAUGAAGAUGAAAGUGACUGUGAAAUCGAACGCAUGGAUGUAGAUGAAAAUUAAUUUCUGUAAAAUCAAGCAAAUUAUCUUACCUGUUCUGGCAAUGGAUAUGAUGCUACCAUUAAUGAUGGAACUACUAAAAAUUCUGGAAAUUGAUCUGACAAUUUUGUAUAUAAUUCAUCAGCAAGGUACGGCAUUACAGGUGCAAGUAUUCGUAAAAAAACUUCUAAGCAUGUCCUUAAGCAAUACGUAUGACUCGCAAUAAUAUCUGAAUUUUCAGAUUUAAAUCCCGACUUAGUCGCUUCC